UAUCACCACUAGUCGCCUACUCUUUUUGUAUAAAAUUUUAUGUAAAUUUUCUGCCGGAAUAAAUACGUCUGAAAUUGUAAUAAUUGCGGAUAAGUAUUGUCUGCAUUGCUUAUACAUCGCAUAUUGGUAUUUUGAGUAAGAGGAAUAUCAAGAUUUAGGCACAGUCAUCGGUAUAUAUAGAUAAAGCUACUCACAAUGGCGUCGCACCAGUACCAUCAAAUUGCAAAUCUGCUUGAAAAGAUGACGUCCACUGACAAGGAUUUUCGCUUUAUGGCAACUAAUGAUUUAAUGACUGAAUUGCAAAAGGACAGCAUAAUCCUAGAUGAUGAGUCGGAGAAGAAAGUGGUACGAAUGGUCUUGAAAUUACUCGAGGACAAAAACGGUGAGGUGCAGAAUUUAGCCGUAAAGUGUCUCGGGCCAUUGGUCAACAAAGUAAAGGAGAAUCAAGUGGAAACUAUUGUUGACUCGCUCUGUGGGAAUAUGAUGUCGAAUACAGAACAAUUAAGAGAUAUUUCAAGUAUUGGAUUAAAAACUGUCAUUGCUGAGCUGCCACAAUCGACAAAUUCCCUGGCGCCCAAUGUGUGCCAGCGUAUAACUGGCAAACUUAGUACUGCUAUUGAGAAAGAAGAUGUUUCGGUGAAAUUAGAGUCACUUGACAUAUUGUCGGAUCUUCUUUCACGUUUUGGCGAGUUCCUAGUACCGUUUCACAGCACCAUAUUGAAAGCCUUAAUGCCACAGCUAGCAUCGCCACGUCAAGCAGUACGUAAACGUACUAUUGUCGGUUUGUCAUUCCUACUGAUUCAGGCUAAUAGCAAUGCUUACAACGGAGUUAUUGAUCAUCUAUUGGAGGGCCUUGAGAAUCCGCCGAAUCCAGGUGCCAUUCGCACUUACAUUCAAUGUUUGGCUUCAAUAUGUCGACAGGCUGGUCAUCGUCUUUGCAGUCAUAUUGAUCGCGCCAUGCACUUGCUCCGGCAAUAUAGUCAACGAGAUGACGAUGAAUUGCGUGAGUUUUGCCUUCAAGCGUGCGAGGCAUUUGUAAUGCGCUGUCCAGAAGCCAUUAAUCCACACAUUCCCAUGAUUCUUGAGCUUUGUUUGAAAUAUGUUACAUACGAUCCCAAUUACAACUAUGAGGCCGAUGAUGGUGACACUGGCAUUGCUAUGGAUACCGAAGAGGAUGAAUAUGUUGAUAGCGAGGAAUAUAGCGAUGAUGAUGAUAUGAGCUGGAAGGUUCGACGGGCUGCAGCCAAGUGUUUGGAAGUUUUAAUAGCUACUCGUCCGGAACUUAUUGAAGAUUUUUAUCGCAAUUUGAGCCCUGCGUUGAUAGCGCGUUUCAAAGAGCGCGAAGAGAAUGUCAAAUCAGAUAUUUUUCAUGCAUAUGUUGCAUUGCUAAAAAAUACUCGUCCCACCGAUGAGAUUGCCCAUGAUCCUGACUCCAUGGAACAAGUUUCUGGCCCAACGUCAUUGUUAAUCGAACAAUUGCCACAAAUUAUCAAAGCUAUUCAGCCGCUAAUGCGUGAAAAGUCAAUGAAAACUCGUCAAGAUUGCUUCCUGCUGUUGCGCGAGUUGUUAAACUCGCUACCAGGAGCCUUGGGCCCACAUUUAGAGAGCAUUGUUCCUGGCAUAAGCUAUUCGUUAAAUGACAAAAGCUCAACCAGCAACAUGAAAAUUGAAUCCUUGGGAUUUCUAUACUCCUUGCUACAGGGCCAUCAGCCACAGGUUUUCCAUUCGCAUAUACCAUUGCUAGUGCCGUUGGUUGUAACAUCGGUCUUUGAUCCAUUCUAUAAAAUUGCCACUGAAGCUUUAAUGGUACUACAGCAGUUGGUGAAAGUGAUUCGUCCUGUGGGCAAUGAUGCUGGCAAAUCAAAUGGCGAUUUUGAUGUUUCACCCUUUGUGAGCCAAGUUUAUUCAUGCACAUUGCAGAAACUAAAGGUCACCGAUGUUGAUCAGGAAGUUAAGGAGCGAGCUAUAGCAUGUAUGGGUCAAAUAAUUGCCAAUAUGGGAGACACUCUAAAAAGCGAAUUGGCUGUUUGUUUGCCCAUCUUCAUGGAACGGCUAAAGAACGAAGUGACCCGCCUGAGUAGCGUAAAAGCAUUGACAAUGAUUGCAGCCUCUCCUCUCCGGAUCGAUUUGACUCCCAUUCUGCAUGAUGUGUUGCCAACACUAGGCACUUUUUUGCGCAAGAAUCAUAGGGCUUUAAAACUUCAUUCACUGGAUCUGAUUAACAAAAUCGUUAUCAACUAUUCGUGCAGCUUUGACUCGAAUCUAUUGCAAACAGCUAUUGUUGAGAUACCGCCACUUAUAUCAGAUUCUGACCUGCAUGUAGCACAGUAUUCACUUACUUUGCUCAGUACAACAGCACGAAUGCAGCCACAGGCUUUAGUUGGAAUUCAUGAACAAUUUUUGCCAUCUGUUCUCCUUUUGGUCAGAUCUCCUUUAUUGCAGGGUUCUGCUUUAAAUUGCACUUUGGAGCUAUUCCAAGCCCUGGUGCAGACACAGCUUUCUGGCUUGGAUUAUCAAUCCCUUGUGUCCAAAUUAAUGGAGCCAGUUCUAAUUGGCAGUGAUGCAUCGUCAACACGACCAACGGAACCAAUACAGUUGCAUAAGCAAGCCUAUCACUCAUCGGCCAAGUGCAUUGCGGCUCUUACCCAACAAUGUCCUCAGGUGGCCACGCCAUUGGCUACCAAACUGAUAACCGAUCUACAAAAACGCAACGAUACACAAGUUAUAUUUUGUCUUCUCACAAUUGGUGAAAUAGGACGACACUUUGAUCUGAGCUCUAUACAAGUUUUGCCGCAAACCAUAAUUGAAUGCUUUGGUGCCACUUCCGAAGAUGUGAAGGCAGCUGCUUCUCAUGCUCUGGGUGCCGUAUCUGUUGGUAGCCUACAAACUUAUUUGCCACUGAUUUUGAAAGAAAUUGAAGCACAGCCAAAACGGCAGUAUCUGUUGCUACAUUCGUUAAAGGAAGUCAUUUCAUCCUUAUCGACAACUCCGGCUGGAUUGGCACAGUUAUUGCCGUCGGUGCCAUCGAUAUGGACACAACUUUUCAAGCAUUGUGAGUGCUCAGAAGAGGGCUCGCGUAACGUUGUUGCCGAAUGCCUUGGCAAGCUGGUACUUGUAAAUCCUGAAGAGCUAUUGCCCCAGCUACAGCAAGCUCUGCGCUCUGAGAGCGCCACCAUGCGCACAGUCGUUGUAUCAUCGGUGAAAUUUACAAUUUCGGAUCAACCGCAACCAAUUGAUGUGCUUCUGAAGCAAAACAUUGGUGAAUUCCUGUUUGCCCUGCGUGAUCCGGAUCCACCUGUACGACGUGUUGCUCUCGUAGCUUUCAAUUCGGCUGUGCACAAUAAGCCAAGCUUAGUGCGCGAUUUGCUACCGACUUUAUUGCCAUGGUUAUACUCCGAAACGAAGGUAAAGAGCGAACUUAUACGUGAAGUGGAGAUGGGACCCUUUAAACACACUGUGGACGAUGGUCUCGACAUACGCAAAGCGGCUUUUGAAUGCAUGUAUACCCUGCUUGAGCAAGGUUUAGAUCGUGUCGAUGUUAUGCAGUUCCUGGAUCAUGUUCAAGCUGGUCUCUGCGAUCACUAUGACAUUAAGAUGUUGACGUAUCUAAUGACAGCACGUUUGGCAGUCCUAUGUCCCGAUAAAGUUUUACUAAGACUGGAUCAAUUCGUUCAACAAUUGCGCGAUACAUGCACACACAAAGUGAAGGCAAAUUCUGUGAAACAAGAAUAUGAAAAACAAGACGAAUUGAAACGUUCUGCCCUGCGAGCUGUUUCUGCCCUUUCGAAAAUACCAAAAGCUAAUAAAAAUCAACAGCUGAUCGAUUUUCUCAAGUCAAUAAAGGAAACUCCAGAAUUGUUUAAGAUCUAUGAUUAUGUGCAAAAGGAUUCGAUCACUGGUAGCUCAGAUAUCAUUGCCAUGGACCAGAGCUAAAACAGCAAAAAUCAGAAUUCGUUUUAAUUUAAUAAAACUUAAAAUUUGCUUUGAAUAAUGUAUUAAGAAAAUAUUUGCAUGUAUCUUCUUUCCGAUAAUCUUUACGUUUUUCAAAUAAGCAAUAAAUGAAGUCUCUUCAUUUGAUUAAAAUGCA